AUGAAAAAGGAAAACUAUCCACAUAUGCUGAAUGGUCAUACUAUUUAUGUCUAUCGAGAAUUACGGGGAAUACCCAAUUUCAAAAAAAUUCGAGCAUAUAGAGACAUACGUGCAUUAUCUUUUGGAGCGAAAGCACCACAUAGUAUACCAGAGAGUGAAUUAAAACGUCAUUUUGCAGAGUAUGGUACAAUUCUCAAUAUUGAAACAAUAGAAAAUGAUAUAAAAAUUACUUAUGAUAAUUAUGAUUCUGUGGAUAAAGCGAUCUUGGAUAAUCCUCAUAUGUUUAAUAAUAUUUCAUACAUUGUAGAGAAGUAUUUAGGCCGAACUACAACUCCUAUUGAUGAAUGUUCACCAAUGUCAUCGGCAACUGACUUACAAUCAUUUGCCGCACCACAGCAUCACAAAAGUGAACCCGCACUCGUAAACACGAAAUCUGCUGGAUCAUACAUCGAUUCACGACAUUCUACAGAAGUAUUUUACGAAACAGUAAAACUAUCAUCCAGUGAUACGGGUUAUUCGAGCCAAAGUUCAAGUACAAUCACUGUUGUGAACGACAGAUCAAUUGAUAAUCCAAGCCGAAUACUUGAACUGGCUGUCAAAGACGUUAAAGAACAAGCAAAUCCUGAUUUACCAGAUGAUGUUCCACAAGACUGGACCUCCAAAAAUAUGCAAUCAGGAGAAGCAGGUGGUCAAGGUGAAGUACGUAUAGUAUACUACAAAAAUAAUUUAGAACAACUGGGGGCAAUAAAGAUAUAUUCAAUCGCAGCUAAAGUAAAAAAGGACAAUGAAGGACUAAAUGCUUAUUAUAAAGAGCGACGAAUGCGUGCUCAUCGUGAAUUAACCGCUCUAAAGAGAUUGCAAGGUAAAAGUCCUUCGUGUUUAAAACCUACAGAUAACUGGUGUAUUCGAUUUAGAGGUGUUAUACAUCGUGAUAUAAAGCCGAUUAACCUGCUAGUUAGUUACGAUCGGAAUACACCAAUUGAAACAGCUGAAAUUUAUGUUAUCGAUUUUGGAUUAGCAUACAUCGAAAAUCGUGAAGACGAUGUUGAUUUAUCCUCAUUUGAAGAAAACGAAGACAGCAUGAACACAUGUUUGGGCCAUACUAUAGGUAAUCGUUUUUUUCGUGUUCCACAACUGAACUCCGCAUCAACCAAGCAGUUGACACCAAAAGAAAAGCAUGUCCUAUUGGAUGUUCGUCGUAGUCCAACAAUUGAUGCUUCGAGCAUUUGUGCAAUAUUAUUCUGGUUAAUAACUAAUAUUGAACCAGGACUUAAAAUUCGUGACAAAGACAAUUUGGCUCCGCAUCAAACUGACAAAGCAAGAAGCCGAAUUAUCAACAAAAUCGAGGAAGCAGCAAACCUAUCAGGCAUCGUGAAAAACUUGUUACCAGAAUUUAAAAAACAACUAACUAAUUAUCUUAUGUCAACAUUUGAUAAAGGCUUUGAAAAUGCGGAGUAUCAGUGGACGAUUGAGCAACUGCAAUAUCGUUUGGAAUCAAUUCUUCAUCUCCUUCACCCAAAAACUAUGCCAUUUGAUCAACAGUUGAGUGAUGCUACAAAACGUUUGGUUUCAUUCGAAUCAGCGACAGCGGUUUCCAAUCUUUUUCCAAUUGAAUUUAAAUUCCAUAACAUUUCACUUGCAUAUGAAUCGGCCAAGGCGAAGUUCAUUGCGCAACAUUCGUCAUGUUCAUGGUAUGAUGGGCAUUGUCACUGGUCGGAAUAUCAGCAGAACAUGACUGAACGUAAAAAUCAUGAUUUAUUAUCCUACCAGCAGAAGAAAAAAAACUGGAUGUUAAUUAUUGUUUGCUCUGUCCAUUUGGAUGAUAAUGGAAAGAUAUUUACAUUAGCAAUUGGCAGUAAUUUUAAUGGUGUCUAUGUAGAACUGCCAUUAGGACAAUACGCUCCUCGAGAAUUGGACAGUUUAAAUAUUGACCUGGAAUUUGAAAGAGAAUUAAUUAAUCUUUUACAAAUUAUAUCUAAUCCAUAA